AUUGCAAUCGUCCAGACAUGGUUUUAUUAGUGAGAAAUAUUUGUCCUCUUCGAGAUGAAGAAAAGUCUCAGGACGAAGCAGGAGAUCCUUCAAGUGAAUUAAUUGACAAAAUCAAAGAUUGA